UUUUCAGCAAGAACUCGAUGGUGCCCGUCUGAGCCAAGCGUCUAUCAACACCGUCCAAAACACACAGUAGCCUACGCGCCCACGACCAUGAGUCGAAAACGAACCCAUUGUUUCGCCGAAGCUAAUCUCUCCUCCGACCCCGAAAACAGCUACAUGGAUACGACAGGUCCCCCUACUCGGCUUGAUGAAGAUUUUUCAGAAUUUGAAGCGGACGAGGAGUUACUGAGUUCCGUGAGCGACAUUACUGAGCACCUCGGGAGGAACAUUUCUGUCGUGCUUGAAGCAGCCCUGUCCGAAAUCAGAAAGAUGGUCAGCGUCCGAAUACGGGUUCUUAAGAUGGAGCUUCGAGAGAAAACUGAUGAAAUUGAAAUUUUAAAGGCGAGAUUGGAGACGGUGGAGAGAGAUGGGAGAGAUCAGUUUCCCGGCUCGAUGAUUGCCGAAGCGACAGCUGCCUUGAGGAAAUCAGAUUUUCAUCCGGGUAAUAAAUACAACAGUGACCCAAAAAAAGCAAAGCCAGGAACCCCCGGAAUAAAAAAAGAGAAUAUAGAUGCGAUUUGUGACUACCUGAUGAAAGACAAGAAUUCGCGUGGUGCUGAAGUGGAUAGCGACGGGAACGUCCCUCCGUCCAGUAACGACAGAGACAGCCGACAUGACCCGCAGCCGCACGCCUCGGUCAACCUGUGGACGGAGAGUGGUAUCAAUAGUGCGGUACCAGGAGACGGGGAGACAGAUACGAGCCCCGAGGACAUAUUCAGCAUGUUGCCGUCAGGAAGCAAAAGGAUAUAUGAUUACGAAUGGAUAACUGGAGUGGAAUACUCGUCGGAUUUGAAAGGUGGGAGGGAACCGAAAUGUGAGAGCGGCACCCCCGUAGAUGAGAAUGAAGAGGAAGAGGAUGAGUCUGAGGGAACGAGGCGUGAUCUGUCCCAGCCCACCACCCCCCUCGACCACGCCAACACUCCCGAGUUCCUCCAGGGCUCCCCGCACGGUGACGACAGUGUGGCGGCGGACGACCACGCAGAGAGUGUGGACACAGGUCAGCCAUUCUCCCACACCUACCUCUGUCCCCUGUGCGGAACCUUCUGUCCCGACGCCUUGUUUCUGGAGGAGCACUUGAAAGCGGUGCACCGGGACAGCAACCUCCACUCCGUCCAGUCCGCCUCCUCCAGUCCUCCCGCGGCGCUGGCGGGCGAGGGCAGCGGCGACCCCGGCAGGCGGGGCGGGGCCGAGGAGCGGGCGGCCGGGCGGGGGGCGUCGCGGGAGAGGAAGGUGGAGGGCGGCUACGAGUGCGGAGACUGCGGCCGGCACUUCAACUACCUGGGCAACCUGCGGCAGCACCAGCGCAUCCACACGGGCGAGAAGCCCUUCGUGUGCCCGGAGUGCGGGGAGCGCUUCCGGCACGCGGCCCGGCUGAAGAGCCACCGGCUGGGCCACAGCGGGGCGGAGAGCCCCUUCCCCUGCCCCCAGUGCGGGAAGGGCUUCCCGGUGCUGUCGGGGCUCAAGCGGCACCAGCGCGUGCACACGGGCGAGAGCCCCUACGCCUGCCCGCAGUGCGGCCGCCGCUUCAAGGAGCUGGGCAACCUGUACACGCACCAGCGCAUCCACAGCGGCGCCACGCCCUACCCCUGCCACCAGUGCGGCCGCAGCUUCCGCCACCUGGGCACCUACAAGAGCCACCGCUGCACCCCCGCGCAGUGACCCGCCCCCCCCCCCCC